UCGAUACCUACACUAGCAUUGAAUCCGUUGGCGGAUCGAUACCAAUCACAGGCUUAAAAGCUACUAGGCUAGAACCGAGAAACGCUUACCAGAAAAAACAAGAAAAAAUGACAUUUGUUUGUUUGCGUUGCGAGUGGUGGAUGGAUAUGAACCGGCAGUAAAAUUUCUGAAUAAUUAAAGAUCGUUAAUUUUUUUUAUAAUUAUGAUUUUUUUAACAUGUAUUAAAAGUGUAAAUCAUGCAAAAGUUAUCUAAAGUAUAGGUACAUUCGUAGUGUUAUAGGUUAGGUUAGGAGAAAAAACAAACAGAAUGAAGCUGUACUGCCUGAGCAGCGACGCGUCGAAGCCGUGCUUCGUGCUGUCGUUCAAGGAGCUGCUGAUCAUGCUGGACUGCGGGCUGUCGGCGCACCCGGUGCUCAGCUUCCUGCCGCUGGCGCCCGUGCCCAGCGCGCGGCUGCAGGCGCUGCCGGGCUACACGCCGCCGCACCGGCCCGACCCCGCGCUCGACGGCGAGCUCAAGGAGUGCUGCGGCCGCGUGUUCGUCGACAGCGUGCCCGAGUUCUGCCCGCCGCUCGACAAGGUCGUGGACUUCUCGCAGCUGGACGUGAUCCUCAUCUCCAACUACACGUGCAUGCUGGCGCUGCCGUUCAUCACCGAGGACACGGGCUUCAAGGGGCAGGUGCUGGCCACGGAGCCCACGCUGCAGAUCGCGCGCUUCUACCUGGAGGAGCUGGCGGCGUGGCUGGGCGGCGCGGGCGCGGCGGCGGCGGCGCGGCGCUGGAAGGAGCUGCUGCACGUGCUGCCGCCGCCGCUGGCGCACGCGGCGCGGCCGCGCGGCUGGCGCCGCCUGCUGGCGCCCGGCGCCGUGGCGCGCUCGCUGGCGCGCGUGCGCCGCGUGGGCUACGACGAGCGCGUCGACGUGUACGGCGCGCUGGACGCCACGCCCGUCAGCUCGGGCUUCUGCCUGGGCUCGGCCAACUGGGUGCUGCGCUCGGCGCACGAGAAGGUGGCCUACGUGAGCGGCUCGUCCACGCUCACCACGCACCCGCGGCCCAUCAACCAGGCGGCGCUGCGCGGCGCCGACCUGCUGAUCCUGGCGGCGCUGACGCAGACGCCGGCGCACAACCCCGACCACAUGCUGGGCGACCUGUGCGUGCACGCAGCCGUCACGCUGCGCGGCGGCGGCUCCGUGCUGUGCCCCGUGUACCCGUCGGGCGUGCUCUACGACCUGCUGGAGUGCCUGUCGGCGCACCUGGAGGGCGCGGGGCUGGCGCACGUGCCGCUCUACGUGGUGGGCCCCGUGGCCGAGGCCUCGCUGGCCUACAGCAACAUCCUGGCCGAGUGGGUCUCGGCGGGCAAGCAGGCGCGCGUCUACCUGCCCGAGGAGCCCUUCCCGCACGCGGCGCUGGCGCGGGCCUCGCGGCUGCGCCACGCCACCUCGCUGCACGACGACGCCUUCAGCGCAGACUUCCGCCAGCCGUGCGUGGUGUUCUGCGGGCACCCGUCGCUGCGGUUCGGCGCGGCCGUGCACCUCGUGGAGCUGUGGGGCUCCAGCCCGCAGCACGCGAUCAUCUUCACCGAGCCCGACUUCCCGCACGCCGAGGCGCUGGCGCCCUUCCAGCCGCUGCAGAUGAAGGCCUUCCACUGCCCGAUCGACACGUCGCUCAACUACUCGCAGGCCAACAAGCUGGUGCGCGAGCUGCGGCCGCGCGAGCUGGCGCUGCCCGAGCAGUACGCGGCGGCGGGCGCCGGGCCCCCGCGGCCCGCCGUGGGCGGCGACGUGCCCACCGUGCUGGUGCGGCGCGGCGCGGCGCGGCGCGUGGGCGCGCGGCGGCGGGCGGCGCGGGGGGCCCUCUGCGGCCGCCUGGCUGCCGGCGGGGCGGGCGGGGCCGCCGGCGCCGGCGCGCCGCGCGAGCUGCGGCCCGGCGGGCCGCGCGCCGCGCCGCUGGCCGCCGCGCUGCGCCUGCGCGACAACCGCCUGGAGCUGCUGACGCCGCCGCCGCUGCCCGGCGCCGCGCCCGACGCCGCGCCGCCCGCCGUGGCGUGGGGCGCCGUGGACCGCGCGGCGCUGCUGCGCGAGCUGGCGCGCGCCGGGCUGGGCGAGGCGCGCGUGGAGGCGGGCGCGGGCGACGCCGCCAUCCUGCACCUGCCGGCCGUGGACGCGCUGCUGCACCUGGAGCCGGCCGCCACGCACGUGUUCUGCGACGCGCGCCCGCACGUGCGCCGCAAGCUGCGCGACGCGCUGGCCGCCGCGCUGCCGCACCUCUAGGCCCGCCCCG